AUUAUAUAGAUGGGCUUCUUCUCCUUCGGAAUGCGAUCAUGGUCUUCUCACACCCACUCUUCAUCGCAAACAAGAAAUCGUCAUCAUCAUCACCAUCGCCAACGUCGUCGUUGCCGCCUUCCUGAAAAAUAAACACUCUUAGAGAAUAUCCUAGUGGAUUGACAACCCGUUCCACACCAAAUCAACAUGGUUACCACACGCGACCUUGAAUGGUGCUUUCUGGGCAACCCCAAAUCCGAGAAGAGGUAUGCCACGUACCACAACGAACGCGUGUUUCCGGCCGUGGGCUACGAUCGCGUGUUCGACUACUUCGACUGCAAGGAGGUCAACUUCUUGUCCGAGGACACGUUUCUCCAGGGACGCAGGGGCAACGGCCGCAUGAGGCUGCCCGCCGGUGUCUGGAUGACGGUGAAACAGGGCUCCAUCAGGUUCGAGCCGGACGACCGAUCUGACGGGAGCGGGUCGCGCGCGCCGCCCCCGAGCCUCGCCUCUGGCUAUAGCGGGAGCAUCGCCCCCUCCAACUACUGCCCCAGCCCGCCCCGCGAUGCGGCCACCUUCAGAAGCCCCGCCCGCGCCGCCAGCUCCUCCGACAUCACGGCGAGGAGUCAGCCCAACCCGGGCGACUGGGAGGUGAUUGAGGAGAUGGGGAGACACUGCGGCGAACCCCUCGACGACCGCAGCAUCGCCCCGAGCGAGAGUAUCAGCUCUGUCGGCAGCCGCCGCGGCGCGAGCCAGGCCACCCGCCGCUACACCUAUGACUACUACGGCCACUAAUCCUAAAAUCCCCUCGCCUUCCUCCCACCUUCCUUCCUUCCCGAGCGUUCCACGCGACCGGGGGGUGAUGGGAAGGGAGAAUGGGGGAAGGGGAGGAUUCGGGCGCGGAGUCGGGAAAAGGGAUUAGAGAAGGCGGGAGGCCCUUGUGAAAGGGGCAACUCUGCAGUGCCAACCUUCGCUGCCGGUCCAGGAGCGGUCCGGGGCCCGAUGCUAAAGGCUCGAGCCGAGUAGACCGAGGCGACGCACAAGGGUGGAUUGCCGACUCGCUCAUCUGAUUCUCCUUCCCUCUCUUCCCGUGUCCGUACUCCGCUUGCGACACUAGCACCGGGGGGAUUAACUGGUAGAGUCAGCUAACUACCUAGGAAGGUCGGAGUUUAGAAAUUUGGGUUUCGACGGUAUCUUUUUUUUUUUUUUUCUGGGAAAGCGUUUGCAUCGGGGUAAUGGAGCUGUUUUUACGAGUAGGGGACACGGGAUUUCGGUAUCUCAUCUUUUUUCUUUAGCUAGAUUGGUCAGUCUGGGCGCACAUUAACAUAUAUAUUUUCAUUCAAAGAAAGGCAUUUCAAUUCCACCUUGACUCCAU